GCGCGAGACAGCUCUGCACUGCAUACUGCCACUCAGCGAGCGCAGAGGGAAGACACGCACAGCAGAAUAUUUUAAUCGCUCUGGCUUUACUGGCUGAUUACAAAAUAAUAUAGAACUAUUCUUAAGACCCAAGAAAAGUCUACAUUUUUUCCCAUUAACACAGGGGUUUGCGUGACGAGGCAAGCCGUUGCUGUGUAAAGUGCGCAUAUUAGGACUUGCUUGUUUGUGUCUGCGAGCUGUUCCAUGGGUUAUUACAAAUAACAUUCGCAGAUCAGUGAAGACUGUCCGCCUCAUCCUAUCUUACGCGCGUGGAACAACGUGAUUUUCUCUGCAUCUUGUUUUAGCAAAUGGACGCUUCGUUCCUAAAAAAAAAUAAAAAAGGUUCCACGGGUGAUCGUGAUUUCUGUUGGAAUUUAUCAUUUUUACGACACGUCUCUUAUUCCAUUUAUUUGACGCAGCAAAUAAAGGAGGAACAACACAAUCUAUUGAACAACUUAUCUUGAGUUCAUUUUUGAAAGACAUCAACUUUUACAUAUUCCAGGAAAAAAAGGAGUAUCCGUUUUUAUUAGUCUUUGCUGGAAGUGGCAUAGCGAUAGAAGAUGGGCUUUUGUGAUUAUUUCGUGGUGUCCUGGAAAUGCCUCGUAGUGAUGGCCCUAAGACUGCUGUUUCUUGUACCUGCAGGAGUGCCCGCUCGGAGUGGAGAAUCGUCUUUCUCAAAACCCAUGGACAACGUCACCGUCAGACAAGGGGAAAGCGCUGUUUUAAAGUGCAUCACAGACAGCAAAGUCUCCCGCGUGGCCUGGCUGAACCGCACCACCAUACUGUUCGCCGGAAGCGACAAAUGGACCUUGGACCCGCGCGUGGUCCUGCUCGACAACACAGCCGUCACGGAGUACAGCAUAAAGAUCCAGAACGUGGACGUGCAGGACGAGGGGCCGUACGUGUGCUCCAUCCUGACCAACAGGAAGCCCAAAUCCUCCAGAGUCCAUCUCAUUGUGCAAGUUCCAGCCAAGAUUUCUAACGUGUCUGCUGACAUCACCGUGAACGAGGGCAGCAACGUCACCCUCAUGUGCCUGGCCAUCGGGAGGCCGGAGCCCACCGUCAUAUGGAAACACCAUUCACACAGGGGCCAUAAAGUGAUGACCGAAGGCGAAUACAUUGAGAUCACAGCGAUCACCAAAGACCAGUCAGGCGCGUACGAGUGUAUCGCGAACAACGAUGUCUCAGCCCCUGACGUGAGGACAGUGAACGUCACCGUCAACUAUCCUCCCUACAUUUUGAACGCCAGGAGCACUGGUGCCCCCGUUGGUCACAAGGGCAUUCUGCAGUGCGAGGCAUCGGCUGUGCCCAUCGCAGAUUUUGAGUGGUACAAAGAAGACCGCAGGCUUUUCAACGGACUUAAUGGAGUAAAAAUUGAAACCAAAGGCAAACAAUCCAAGCUCGUCUUCUUCAACGUGUCUGAAGAGGAUUAUGGAAACUACACCUGUGUUGCCCUUAACACUAUGGGGCACACAAAUGCAAGCAUAAUAUUGUAUGGACCAGGAGCGGUGCACGAUGUCAACAGGGCGUCCCAGUCCCGGCGCUCACUGCACCUGCUCUGGACUGUGACUUUGCUCUACCUUUGCAAGUUUUGAUGCAGCUGUACCCACAUCCGAUUUCCCACGGCAUCACAGCACAACAGACUUUUCGUUUUGUCCAAGAACAGGAAAUCCAACAAAACAAUACGGAGCGUUUGCAUUUUUAUUUUUUAAAUGGAGGUGUAUGUGAGCGGAAGCUGGAAGGUGGGAGGGACCAGGGACGAGUGGUGUAAUGCAUCUAGUGUUUAUCCUGUUUUCUUUUUGUGUGUAAAAACUUGAGGGAUGUGUAAAAUAGAUUUUGGCUGAUGCCUUUUACUUUUGGUCUAAUCUACAGUGUGGAUGUAUAAACUGAGGUCACUGUUUUAUUCCUACCGGGUUUAGCUCUGUAAUGUCAUAUUUAAGAAAUACUGUAAAAACAAAAACAACUGUCUAUGAUAAAACGAGUCCUUAAAAAAAUCAACACCCAAAUAAAAAAUAAAAAAAUUUAGAUUUAAUCAUCAGACAUUUUGGUCUGCCUGAGGUACAGUAUAGCUGAGUAGUAAACAUCACAAGAAACUGACAUAUAGUUGACUCAACUAGUCUGUUCUGUUAUUUUAAUGUGAUCCAAUAAUGAUGUGUUUAAAAAUACUGAAUAUUGACUGCAAGAGAUUAGUACUUCACAUGCAUCAUAAAAAAGAAAAAAGCAAAUGAAAAAAUAAUGUUAUAAAACACAAUGAAGAUUUUAACUGAAGAGGAGCAGGGAGUCAUACGUGGAUUUCCUCGCUACACAGGGUAGCUAAUAAUUCUGAGCACAAUUGAUAGCUAACUAAUUCAGAUUGUACAAACAUCAUAAUUUGUCAACAUUUAUUUAUAUUUUAUUUGAAUGCAUAAUUGUCGAAAUGCUAUUGUAAGGAACGCAAUGGAAGGAAUUGAAAUGUGUCUGGAAUGUAAUGUCGAUCUAAUGGUAGCUUAUGGUGUCUUAAUAUUUUGUAUACAUGAUGUAUGGAAAAGUGAGCUAAAGGUCUAGUGCUUGUAUUUGACUGAAGUAUCCAUGCCUUUCUAGACAGCCCUAAACAUCCACUUCCCUGGGUACUGAUUUCUAUCUCACAGUAUUAUAACAGGCAGGAAAUAAUGAGGUUUACCACCCAUGGGAAGACAUUAAAUUGCCACUGAAAACACGAACGUGAAUCCUUCAUCUCUUCGAUAUUGAAUUGGGGGGACUUUCAAUGAUGCUCACAGACCCCGAGGAGCAAGUCACCACCUCGAUUUUACAUUUGGUCCCAGGAAGCGUCAGACAUUAUACAGGGGUACGCAAAUUUACUUAAACAAGAGCGACAAGGCAUUUUAAGGGACACGGAAGGUAAAUUCGGGCCACAUAUUGGUUGCAUUUACUACUAUAUGCACUGUAUCUGCAGAAUGGCUAUCUAACAGAAAUGAGGUAUACUAUUUCCUCACACAGAUGGAUGGUUCCAGAUUAGAUACCAGGCAUUCUGUUGUUACAUCCAUACAUAUAAAUUAAAUGUGCAUUUAGAAUGAUAAAAAUCAUACUUUCUAUAUGUUCAUUUUAUGUAAUAGGCAAAAAAUCGGUGGUAAAUAAAAAAAGUGCUGUGAUUUUUUUUAGUGUCCCUUCUUGAAGGUGUCAAUGAUGAGAGAACAUUCAAUAGAUUGAUACAUGGUUUGGAAAAAUACCCUUCAUUGAUAAAAAUACAUUCAUAUGUGUGUUUUAAUUGUUUAUUCAUUUUAAUUAUUGAGUUGUCUCAUACAAGACCCAGAGUCUCAAUCUUAUGAAUCUUAAGAUAAAUGCAGUGUUACACAUUUAUUGUAGUCUGACUGGAAGUGAUCUCUAAGUAAAAAAUGACACUAGACAAUACACAUGGUUCCAGCCAGGAAAGCACCCCCUAUCACCUGACAGUGUUGCAUUUAACAUAUUAUAAUACAGCAAAAAUAAAUAUAGCAUGGUUGAGAUCAAUAUAACUUAGUAGUAGGUUCCCCUCUGUAGCUGAAUAUAUGUUUUUGAUAAAUAAAAAUAUACACUGGUUAUCCGUUUAUUGUACAGUAAACACCUGUGUAUAUAAAGGACUGCUUUUCUUCAAAAUCUCAAGAGUACUACAAAUGGGCAUUCUUUAUUCCACCAGUAUUACAAGACCAUGGUAUAUUUUGCAAGGAACACUUUGAGGUGCAAAAUCUGGCUGUUCUGCUGUCUUGGAUUCAGAAUGAUUUAAAAAAAUGUGUCAUUAUCUUUGUUUAUUAAUUUAUGUUCCUACAAUAAUGGACAGAAAACAUUAUUUUUUUUAUUUUAUUAAAAAAAAUGUUAAGAGGGGAAGAAUCUUUGGGAACAACAUGUACAAAAUCACCAUUCCCUGGUUUACUCUGUAUUGUCUAAAUGGAGACCAAAAGUAUUAACUAUAAGAUGGUUGCAGUUGUGCAUACAGGUUUCAUUUUUGAAUCACAUGUAUGUAUUAAAUAAACCUAUGUCCUUUUGAUACAGUUAAAUGCAAAAUUAUUGGAACGGUGACACAAUUUUGUUGUUUUGGCUCUGUAGUACAACACAUUCUAUUUGAAAUAAAACAAUGAAUAUAAGUUUAAAGUGCAGAUGGUCAGCUGUAUUUUGAGGGUAUUUGCAUCCAUAUUGAGUGAGCCGUAUAGAAAUUAUAGCCCUUUUUAUACAUUGCACCCCAUUUUAGGGGAGCAAAAUUAAUUGGACAAUUGGCUGCUCAGCUGUUUCUUGGCCAGCUGUGUGCAUUAUUAAUUCAUGCACAACAAAAUUAACAGAGUCUAGAGUUGAUUCUAGGUCUGUUGUUCAAGUAGGACAACAUGUGGACCAAGUAAGAGUCAAUGCCAGUAAAGUAGACCAACAUGAAGCUAAACAUAGCCUAAACUUUGGCUGUGUCAAAAUCAACGGUUUCAUACAUUUUUUUUUCGGAAACAAGCACACGCUGGUGAGUUCAGGAAUAGCCAAGGGCACUGUAGUGGAAAACCCUUUUCAACUGUCAAAUACAUCAAGACCACCCUCCAGGAUGUAGGCAUACAUGUGUCAAGAACAACCUUAAGCAGAGGAUUCACCACAAGAUGCAAACCACUGAUAAGCCUCAAUAACAGAAUGGCCAGGUUCAAGUCUACUAAAAAAAAAAAAAACAAAAAAAAAAAACACACAUUAAUAAAAAUUGGAGAAUUCUGGAACAAAGUGUUAUGGACAGGGGAGAUGAGAAUUACCCUGUACCAAAGUGAUGGAAAGAGGAAAGUGUGAAGAAAGAAAGGAACUGCUCAUGAUUCUUCUCAUUUUUCACAGACUGCUCAUCUCUGAAAUGUGCUGGAGGUAGUGUAAUGGCUUGGGCAUGAUAAUGUGACUGCUGACAGCAGCAGCAGGAUGGAUUCUGAAGUGCAUGGAAACAUCUGCUCAAACCAUAUUCAUCAAAACUCUGUGGAUGGUGCCUCACCUUUCAGCAGGACAAUGACCCCACAUUUACUACUUACUAUUAAAGCAACCAAAGAGUUUUUUUCAGGGCCAAAACAUGGAAUAUUCUUGACCGGGCCAAGUCACCUAUCCUGAGUCCAACUUACCAUGCGUUUCACUUCACUGAAGACUAGACUGAAGGAAAAACACCACAGAAACAGGAACUGAAUAUUGCUGCAGUACAGGCUUGGCAGAUCAUGAACAAGGAAGAAAUGGGGACUUCAGGCAGUAACCAAAUUGAAAGUAUUUGCAACUAAAUAUGAUGACUUUAAUUGUUCAUAUUAUGACCAUUUGUCCAAUUACAUGUGCUCCCCUAAAAUGGAGGGUGGGAUGGGGGGUGCUAUGUAUGAAAGGACCUGUAAUUCCUACAUGGAUUACCUGAUAUGGAUGGAAAUACACUCAAAUUAAAGAUGACAGUUUGCACUUUAGCCUAAUACUCAUUGUUUUAUUUAAAAUCCAAUGUGCUGUAAUGUGGAGUUAUUGUGUCACUGUCCCAAUAAUUUUGUAUUUUACAACAAUCACACCCAUUUAACUGAACUUUGCUUACAUUUCAGGAGGAAGCAUCGUAUAUUUUUUAAUUUUCUUGAAUUGCAUAAACUGACAGGUCUAUAUUGUGUGAUGCAAAACCUCAUACUGUACAGUUUAUGUAACAUUACUAUGUGAAUGUAACAUUUGAUCUGCCACCUUUAUAUUAAUUGUAAAACUGCAAAACAUUAGUGCUUAAAAUUGUUUAUUUCUGUUAUAACAAGGGAAAAUGCAGUUAGGUCUUACAAGAGUGUUUAUAUGUAAAUGUCUGUGUCAUGCUAAGGAGUGUACCAUGUCUGCAUUAAAAGCUAGUCUGCAAAUGGUGACCUACUGCAUACCAAGCUAAGUACCAACACUGAUACACAAAGUUUAAACAUGGAAAACAAAACAUUCAUGUAAAUAAAAAUUAUAGUUUGUUUUGUA